UCACGGCCGCGCAAUGGCGGCCCUGCCGCGCCGAAUAAUAAAGGAGACGCAGCGCCUACUGCAAGAACCCGUACCCGGUAUUAGUGCCGUUCCGGAUGAAAGUAAUGCCCGGUAUUUCCAUGUGAUUGUAACAGGCCCGGAGGAUAGCCCCUUCGAGGGGGGCCUUUUCAAAUUGGAACUCUUCCUCCCUGAAGAUUACCCCAUGUCGGCCCCCAAGGUACGCUUCAUCACCAAGAUCUACCACCCCAACAUUGAUCGACUCGGGCGCAUUUGCUUGGACAUCCUCAAGGACAAAUGGAGUCCAGCUCUCCAGAUUCGCACUGUACUGCUGUCUAUCCAAGCCUUAUUAAGUGCCCCCAACCCGGACGACCCGUUGGCCAACGACGUGGCUGAGCUGUGGAAGGUGAAUGAGGCAGAGGCGAUUCGGAAUGCGCGCGAAUGGACGCAGCGCUACGCCAUGGACAACUAAGAAAUGUUGGGGACGAAUAAAGAUGUAUUUAAAUUUA